GUUUUUGAACAGAAUACCUAAAAUUACCAGUACCCCAGACCGACACGCAGCAACAAGCGCAUCUUCGCUGCUGCGAAUUUUAAAAAGCGAAGGCAGAGGGAAUUUUAAGAAGCGCGCCACACUAUCAGCUGGCCGCGACAAUCGAUAGUCGUGCGAAAGCAGGGCCGCGGAGCAGCACUGGCGACCGUAGCGAUAGGCAGCAGCGCCAAUCGAUAGCUGGGUCGCAGAAGGAGGAGGAGAAGCAGAGGAGAAAAACAAAAACCAAUUGCGAAAAGUGUAAAGUUUAGAGCGCAGCGCAAUUGUGUGGAAAAAAAAAGCGGAGCACAAACGAGCCGCCAGCCGCAACGAAACCAAGCAGAUAGCAGCACCCUUUUUCCACGACGCGCCAGCGGGAAUUUGCACCUGCUGCGGGCGGACUCACACACACGCACCCACACACUCACUCACUCGCGGGCAGCCAAAUCGUCAUUCUCGACUAUUUUUUUGUUUUUUGCGAAAUCCAAGACGAAGGCGAAUCCACAACAAAUGCAGAUUGGAGCUCGAUUGGCUCGCGAUUAGUGCCUAGUCACGCGGGAUCAGCAAAGCAAAGCGAGGAGGCCAAAAGCCCGGAGAAGGAUACGGGAUACGGUUACGGUUACGGAUAGGGAGCCAUGUCCGUGCGGACGAAGGUUCUCGGCCUGGUGGACGUGAUGAUGCGCGUGCCACCGGUGAUGGUCAUGGAUGAGAUACUGAAGAUGGAAAUGGGCAUGCACUCGUGGCUCUAUCCGGACAAGGACAAGGCCAGUGGCGCACUGGAUCCGCCCACGGAAGCGCCAGCGGUGCCAUCCAGCCAGGAUCCGUUCGCCAGCAUCAAGGAGUUCUUCGGACUCCGCGCCGGCGACGCCAUCUCCCACAUGACCUCCUCCGCCCAAUCUGUGCUGGAACAGAGCAUCGAGGACGCCUCCGAGACGGCAAAAACGAACGGCGUGCUCAGCUCCGGCUUCAACUCGCUGAUGAACGAGCUGUCCAAGGACCAAACGCUGGCGGAUGUGCUCAGCAUCACCACGGUCAAGUUCGUGUUCUGCGUGUUCGCUUUCCUGUCCGCCGCGUGCAUCUUCAUGCUCUGGACCCGGCAUCUGGUGAUGGUCUACAUGUUCCUCACCUCGCUGGGCCUCACCUUCCUGUCCUACUGGUCGAACGUGAGUGCGCUGGCGCUGAUGGAGCGGAGUCCCAGCAUGCUGGAGGACCUCAUGUCGCUGAACACCACGAGGCUGCUGGACUCGGGCGGCGUGGUCAUGUCGCUGGCGCCGCAUCUGAUGGCCCAGUGGUUCAUGGGCAUGCUGUUCGCCUACAUCCACCUGGGACCGAGGUUCGAGAAUGUCCAGAGAUCGAUGCCCAUCAUCUUCGCUAGUCCAAUUCUGUUGGCCAUGCUGCCGCUGCCGGCGAAGGUGGUGCAACACCUGCCCGUGGUGGCCGCUUUCACGCCCAUCAUCCUCACGAAGAUCACGCUGAUGCAGAGCGCCAUGGAGGCCAGUCGCACGGUCUACAACGGAUACCAGUACGCCAUGAACUUUGUGUCCAACUUUGGACUGUCGGCGCUCAUGGAAAACGAAUGGCAGAGGCUCAAUGUGCCCAACGUUCUGAGGGUUUUUUGGACCAUCAGAAUAAUCCAAGGAGGCUAUGCCCUGGCCACGACGGAAUCGGAUGAGCCCCUGGAUCUAAUGACGGCCACACAGAAGCUGCUCGUCGACGGCUGUGAGACCCUAACGGCGGUGCUGGGCAUGACGGGCGUCAUCUCGAUGAUCUGCCACUACAUCGGACGCGGCUUCCAGUGGUACCUGCUCACCUACGACAACGACGAGGAGAAGUCGCUGGGCACUGUCUCCGCAGUGCUCUUCUACAUCCUCGCUCUGCAGACGGGUCUAACCUCGCUGUCGCCAGACAAACGCUUUAUCCGGCUAUGCCGCAAUCUGUGCCUGCUGAUGACCGCUCUGCUGCACUUCCUGCACAACAUCGUGUCGCCCAUCUUGAUGUCGCUCAGUGCGGCACGGAAUCCCUCGCGGAAACGCCAUGUGCGCGCCCUCUCCGUCUGCGCGUUCCUCGUGGUGAUGCCGGUGUCCCUGCUCUACUACCUUUGGUCGCAGCGAUCCAUCUCCACCUGGCUGCUGGCGGUUACCGCCUUCUCCGUGGAGGUCAUCGUCAAGGUUCUCGUUUCGCUGGCCACCUACACGCUCUUCCUGCUGGACGCGCGGCGGCAGUUCUUCUGGGAGAAGCUGGACGACUACCUGUACUACGUGCGCGCGUUCGGCAACUCGGUCGAGUUCUGCUUCGGCAUCCUGCUGUUCAUCAACGGUGCUUGGAUUCUGGUCUUCGAGUCUGCCCAAAAUGCUACAGGCGGCGCCAUCAGAGCGAUCAUGAUGUGCAUCCACGCCUACUUCAAUAUCUGGUGCGAGGCACGGGCGGGCUGGUCGGUCUUCAUGAAGCGGCGUUCGGCGGUCCACAAGAUCUCAGCCCUACCAGAGGCAACUCCUGCCCAGCUGCAGGCAUUCGACGAUGUCUGCGCCAUCUGCUAUCAGGAAAUGUAUUCCGCCAAGAUCACGCGGUGUCGCCACUUCUUCCACGGCGUCUGCCUGCGCAAGUGGCUGUACGUCCAGGAUCGUUGCCCCCUGUGCCACGAGAUCAUGAUGUACACGGACAAGGCGGAUGAGAAUGCGCCGGAGGCGGAGCCAGCGGCAGCUGCCCAGGCUGAGCAGCCGAUACGGAUAUACCCGCGAGACGACGGCAACAACGCAGCUGCGCCGCGACGCUCUCCGGAGCGCGCUCCAGUCGAAGCACCAGAACAGGCGGCCGGCACCAGCUCCUCCAGCGCAGCGGCGACGAUCGGAGCGGAUGCAGUGUCGGCCAUCGUGGAAUCCGCAGCGGCUGUGGGCGAGGCGCGUUCGCUGGUCAGCGUAGCCAGCAGCAGCGCCACCCACCGAAUCAGCGCUAGCGGGAGCAGCGACAGCAGCUACAUGUCCGCAUCCGCCCAGCCGCCGCCGCCGACGGCCACCUCGGCUGCUGCUGUGGCCACGGCGGCGGCCAGCAACACGACGCACAUGUUCCGGAUGUCGCAGGACCAGCAGUAGUCGCAUAUAUAGGGUAGGAUAGGACCGAAUCGGUUCGGAUCGGACGGAACGGGAGCGCUCGGCGUACCUUGCGUUUCUUAUAUAUAUCUUACUACUUGGAAACGUUCUGUGUGUUGUUAGUGUACUUAUGUAUAAAUGCAAAUCUUCGUAGCGA